AUGUAUCUCGGAUGGCUUGAGGGCUGUAAUCGUUUAAAUGAGCAGAAGAGAAUAGAUGUAACAGCAUACACAGGUGGUUCAGUCCUGUUGCCCUGCUCCUGUGAUGACCCAAAGUCUACAUUUACAUGGGAGAUUCACACUGGAUAUCAAUGGAUUAAUGUAUUUGAACAUGAGAAAUACAAAGGCAGACUUAAACGGUUUAAUGAAAAAUCUCCAGCAAAUCUGUCUCUUCUUAUUUCUGACCUCAGAGAGGAAGAUAAUAGGUUCUUUAGAUGUUGGACUACACCAAAUACUUUUACAGAUGUUUUCUUAACAGUUAAAGGAUGUCAUUUGGAUCGGCAGGGACUGACAGUUGAUGUGACUGGAUAUUUAGGAGAGUCUGUAGUUCUGCCCUGCUUCUGUACUGAAUCAUUGGCUAAACCUGACCAGCUGAAAUGGAAGUUAGUAAAAAAUAAUUAUGAAGAAAUUUACCCAUCUGAACACAGUGAGAGGUUCAAGAACAGAUGUAAACUGUUAAAUCAAACCAAUCCAGGAAAUCUCUCUCUACAUCUCUCAUCACUGACCAAAGAAGACCAAGGAGACUAUCAGUGUUUUGUGUCUAACAGGUUUACCUUCAUCAGACUUCAUGUUAAAGUGUUGUAUAUUCACUAA